AUGGAUUCGCAAACUUAUCAACACCACGCGCAUGCGCAUCCACAACACCCACAUCAACACAGUCACGCUCUCCCCUCCCUCUCCCCGACCGAUAUCUUCAAUGGCCUGGAGCUAGCCACGCUGAUGACCACCACUACCUCUGUCCAGCCGGGUCCUCGUCUCUACAAAUCGCGGAAGUAUAGGCCGUGUGACUUUUGUCGCGCAAGACAAGUGGCAUGCAAGAUAAACAACUCCCCGCCAUGCCAGCUAUGUUCCUCCCAUGGCCGGGAAUGUACGUUUGUGGAACGGCCAAAGAAGAAGAGGAGACCCAAUGCUCCCAACGGCGAGUCAAGCGGGUCAGCAACAACAGGACAAGGUAGAAUAUCCAACUUUCAUGCCGCAAGACCACAACUGGAUAUAUCUGACUAACACUCAUUGCUCAGCUCCCUUGCAGAACUUCGAUGUUGGUGCGGCCCAAUUGAGUCCAGGCUUUCUCACCCAAUUUAAUCAUGAGAACUCCUUCAAUGCCUUGAAUGGGGAAAAUGGGCUGGAGCAACAAUCCUCUCCGACCCAGUUACAACAAUUACAGGAUGGACCACCCAUAUACAACAUGGACCCGAGUUUAUACAUGAUGCAAGGUGGCGUGCGAGUGCGUCCGUUGGACUCACAAUUGACGAGGUCGGCAAGAUUCAUAGGGGAAACAGGAGAAUCGAAUCCAUACCUUCUCCGCCACUAUCAUUAUGAUGAUAACGACGAAUGUACAGUAUCAAAAAUCACUUACCGAAGGAUCAAGAGCAGUUCGGGUCAGAAUGGAAUGCAAGAUGAGAAGGGAGAGCCUCCGGUGGUGUUUAUGCUGGCCGACGACAGCCUCGCCCAAAAAGGCGAACCUCGAGUGGAAGACGAAACUUUGGCAAAGAUUCGUACAGAUGUCACAAAAAUGUUUAGUGAGCAAGAAGCUCUUCGACUGAUUGGGCUGUUUAAUCGUUUUGUAUACCCAUAUUUUCCUAUUAUAUGUAAAAGCGAGUUAUGUCCGAACGGGGUAUUGGCUCCAUCGGUACUUCAAGAUCUCCCAUUAUCUUUACUUUCCGCGAUAUACGCAACGGCUUUGCCAUUUAUGUUAUAUGACGACCUUCUUGCUACGACCAUUGUUCAUAAUCCACCUCCUGCGCAUACACUUUUUCGAAUUGCUUGGAUUUCUGUUACUCAGGAAUUACACACUCCUAGACUUGCAACAUUACAAGCUUGUCUUUUGUUACUACAGCGAGCUCCUACAAAUCGAUUUACGACAGAUACACCUUGGAAGACGAGUUUGGUAGGGUGGACAGUGAGUCUUGCUCAGACUCUUGGACUUUCCAGAGAGUGUAGUGAUUGGUCGAGUUUACCAUCAUGGGAAAUUACGUUGAGGAGGCGUCUCUGGUUUGGUGUUUUUAUUAUGGAUAAAUGGGCGUCAUUAGGAGCAGGAAUGCCAAGUCACAUCCGUGUUGAUGAUGUUGACGUUUUGCCUCUUACGGACAACGAUCUCGAUGGACCAUCAAUCGACCCGAAUCAAAAUGCAAUACCUGGGUUCUUGGAGCCAGAAGCAGACACCACCCAUUUCAAACUUCUCUCUGAGCUCACCACGAUAUUGAGCGACAUCAUGGACUCAUACUUCUCACUCCGUGCCACGCAACGAACAUCAAAAGAUUUCCCACUUUCUUUACAGCUAGCUCGUAGCCUCCGAGAAAGGUUGAAAAAUUGGAAUGAUUCGCUACCCCCUAAUUUAGCGAUCCGACAACCUGAACGGAGUGAUUCACUGGGUUCGGCUCGCUUAAGUGGAAAUCCAUCCCUUUCCCUCGCCUUUAUCGUUACGCAAAUGACGCUUUUCCGCGCGCUCUUACGACCACUUGAGAACCUGAGUACUGAAGAAGUCUCAGGAGGCGGAGAAGCUGUUAGAGCCGUGAGACAGGGUGCUAAGCAGUGUGCCAAGGACGUUGUGGAAUUUGUGGAACAUUUGGGACGUGGAGCGUUAGAUGCAUUUUGGCAUUCUUGUAAAUUCACCCUUAUUUUCUUUCUCUCCCCUUUUCCUCUGCUCAUAUCUCUUCUCUCCUCCCUUUCUCCUAUUCUUCCUCUAAUAGAGCCCAGGGUCCCGCGCCAACUUCGCCAUCGCCUCCUCGUUCCUCAUGCAGCUCCACAUCGUCUUUGAACACGACGCUGAAUUCGUCGAAGUCAAGGAUCUGGUUGCCCGGUGGAGGUGGGCUAUGAGGAUUGGCAGUGGGAAUACCGGGAAUGGACUGAUGAGUCUUGGGUUGUUGAGGUUGGAUGGCAUGAUGAGGGCGGAGAAUGGGAGUGUGAGCGGCAAUGCGAAUGGGAGUGUGAAUGGUGGGCCUGGGCCGGGGAGUACUUGUAGUUGAUGAAUGUUGGAUUUUUAAGCGAGCGAAGCUGUGUAUUUUGAGAGUGAGAGUGAUUUUAUGGGUCUGAGGCUCUGUCUGGAGGGAGUUUUGUUUUGGAUGAGGGUGGGAGUCGGUGUGGGGGUGUGGAUGAGGGUAAAAUGAUUUGGGUAAUGAGAUUAAUUGGGUAGUGCAUGGAUGGAUGCAAGGAUGGAUCCGGGGAUGGAUUUGCAUGGGUCUAGUAUGGAAUGGAAUGAAAUGCUACUUGGGGAUACUAAAUUGGGGAUUGAUAGCAAGAUGGAGGGGGGAAUUGUAGAUACUGUAGUGUAGGUUGAUGUGACUAUGUUAGUCCUGUUCCUAUGAGUGUACUCUGGAUAGGAAAUUGUCUUCUAUAUGUAGGCGCGUGAUGGACGACUGGUUUCAUGAUGAUAGGAGGUUGGUGGUAAG